AUGUCGCAUCGACCAUCUCCCACUCUACCGAGGCCACCAUCGAGCGCGUCCUUGAGACCAUCUGCAUCAAACGCGUCCCUAAGACCAUCUGCAUCGAGUGCAUCUCUGCGAACACAGUCCCGUCUCUCUCAGAGGCCAGGAUCUCGACUAUCCCGUCCCGGAACCAGGCAAUCCAUGCGCGUCCUCCCCCAGAUACACAAGCUUGUGACUCAAGUUACCGGCUUCACUGCAGACGGUGGCGACCCAGAUGCAUUUCAUGCCGUUACAGACCUUGUGACAAGGAAACUCGACCAGGUACUGAAGCAAGCACCGAGCACGGAUAUGUCGAACGCGGAUAAGCAGAUACGUGGGUACAUUCAGAAGGCACAGAUCAAUCACCAGAAUCGGGUAGCUGAGGCUUUGAGCCAUGCUUAUUCCCAGCUAAAGGCCAAAAGCAAGGCACUAACGGACCUAGACGAGGAUAUCAAGCUAUCUCGCCUACCCGACCAUCUCCAGUUCCUUCUUGCGCUAUCCGCUCCGGUGACAUCAUCAACUACCCUUGCUGCUGAAGAGUACAUCGAUCGAAUCAAAAAUCCACCAUCUGCCGUCCCAACACUUACAUGGCAAGAUAUCCUCGCCGAAGAGCCUUUCGAAGGCCAGCACUGGGAAGGCGUGUAUGGUCUUCCUCCAGGGAGCACGGUGGAGAAAUGGGAAACGCGUAGUGGAGGCAGCACACCAUCACUCUCGCCUUGGGAUGACUCGGAAUCGGACGAAUACGAUCGCGAAGAUUCUCGCUUCUCUUUUGAAGCCGAGGCUUUUGAAACACAUGAGUCUUUCCGUCUACCAAAACCACCUGGCAAUGUCUUUCAAGCGCCUGUUGACGUGUUCAAACACCUACAAGAUACGGAGAAGCUCCGGUCGCGGCAGUAUUGGAGGGAAGGAUGGCAGCUUGAUGCGAAUAUUUCCCGUCCCUUUGACUUGGGCGAUGCUUCAACAUUAGAGGAACGACAAGUUGUUAGAGAGGUUUUGAUGUGCUUACAGAAUAGAAAGAAUAUCAUGGUGGACACAAGCCGAUACCCAUUUGAGGUUCACCCUCAUGCACCCUGCCUCCUCCACUAUACCGAGGCGUCGCAAAAAUCGAUCCUCGCGUCGUUCGCGCGUACGGCAUCGACUCUGUCAAUUUUGCGACGUUUCACGUCUGAAGUGGUCUACAAAAGCUCUGACUUCUCGCCGAUCCCUAUAUCAGGUUCCCAGCUCCUUUCCCAUAGCACCCGAACGCGCACCCUCGAGGCGUUCUCUGACGCUAUCGACACACAAAUCCGGCUGUUUGACGCUUGGUGCGCCUCGAGGGAAGAAACCAUCUUUCGUGCUACUUCAGGCCUUGGCGAUCCACUGGUCAUCAGCCUGCUCAGCCUCGAAAAGAGCAUUCGGGACGACUUCUCCAGCCUCUUCGACGUCCUCUUUUCUAUCCUUCGACGUAUCCUGCAUCUCGCUAGCCCGCGCUCGGAGCCACACGCAGUCUGGAUUCUCGCAGACCUGCGAAGCCGUACACCGCCGUCCGUGAUCACAGCCACGAUCCUCGACGCUCUCCUCGACGCUGUUCAGAAGCAAGCUGGGAUGGGGGAACACGCGACCGCACAGAAGCUUCUCGACAUCUUCGGUACAACCGUCGGCCCGCUCUGGGCGAUGGUCGGCGGCUGGUUGAAAGACGGGAUGUCGACGCGGGAGCUGUGGAGCACGGGAAACCCGCGCAAUCUGGACGAGGAGUUCUUCAUCGAGGACCAGGAGCUGCCGUUGCUGGAUCCGGAUUUUUGGUCGGAUAGCUAUAUAUCGAGGACUGAGCCUGAGGUUGCGGAUAACGGCGAGUUUGUCGCGCCGAUUCCGGGAAUCUUCAGGAACUCGGUUGAGAGGAUUUUGAAUGCGGGCAAGGCGGUGGGGCUGUUGAGGGCGCUGGUGUAUCAGCCUGCGGCGGCGGAGCAAGAAGGAGACGGGGACGGGGACGGGAUGCAGCAGCUGAGUGUGUUGUUGGCAUGGAGAAGGUUUGACGAGAUUCUUGAGACGUUUACGGUUGGGACUGGCGGCUCGUUUGAUCUGGAGAUGCUCUCGUAUCUCGUGCGGGACGACAUCGUCGGGUAUUGCGAUGCGUCGGACGUGCGGCUAACGCGCGUGCUCACGGAGGACUGCGACUUGUUCAAGCAUAUGCAUGCGCUACAGGGGCUGUACUUGAUGGUGGAAGAUGAUGUGGUGGGUUUCUUAGACGUAUUGUUUUCGAAGAUGGAUACAUCCCAUCUCUGGAACGACUUCCAUUUCCUUAACAAUGCCUUCAGCGAAACCGUCGCCGCGCGCUCCUCAGGUUCCUCGAAGUGGAUCGAGAGCCCUCUCGUCCGCCUCUCAUUCCGCGGGAGCUCCUCCGCAGUGCCCAGGAGCGUACGCGUGUUCGAGGGCCUGCUCGUCGAGUACGCAGUGCCGUUCCCGCUCACCUACAUUUUCACGCCUAAUGUCCUCGAGACGUAUGGAUCCAUCCUUGUGUUCCUCGUGCAGGUGCGCCGAGCAAAGCGCCUGCUGGAGAGGAUCAUCAUCAGGAGCUCGGUGCUAGACGCUGGCGCCAGAGAGAAGCAGCUACAGGCAGAGCUGAAGGUAUUUUAUGCAAUGCGGGGGAAGUUGUCUUGGUUUAUCAACACGUUGCUGAACUUCUUCACAACGUACGUAAUCCAAGCCCAGAUUCGAAAGUUUCGCGAGGAGUUCCGAAAAGCGAGGUCCUUGGACCAGAUGAUUCGUGUUCAUGGUGACCACCUGCAGAAAAUACACAGCCUCUGCUUGCUACAACCUAACGCCGUAUCCCUGCACAAAGCCGUCAUUUCCAUCCUCGACAUGUGCAUCCACUUCUCUGACGUGUUUAUCUCCUUCGCGGGGGAUACAACGCACGACACAUCGCGCCUCUCCAUCAACAUCCGCAAGCACCGCUCGCGCAGGCAGGCCCGUGCCCGCCGGAACAUUAUCGGGUUCUCGCUUGACUCGCCUUCGCCAAUGCCACCAUCUGCGUCGUCCGACGAGGAUACAGAUUCCGAAGACGAGAGGGAGGCAUACAGCUAUGUCGAGGGCGCAGAAAGGACGUUUGAUGCGUCACACGUUGAAGGUGCAGAUGGUGACGAGGACCUUUCAAUGAGACUGGACAGAAUGUCGAAGGAGCUGGAUGGGCUUGUGAGGUUUAUCAGGCGGGGAGUUGAGGGAUUGAUUAGUAGUUCGGGGGACCCAUCGUCUGUGUUGGGAAUUUUGGCGUUCGCGCUAGAGGACUGGGACUCGUAG